CAACGUUGUGUCAAGCCAGGCUGCGAGUGAAAGUACUCCUGCCAUCCCAUUGAUGAUGUCGAGCAUGGGGACGACCUUUGCCCCGAUCACCACUGUAGGAUCGAUUGGCAUGAUCCCAAUCAUGUCAACCUCUACUCCUACGCCGACGACAACAAUGUUCCCAGGCUCGAUAACAACGCCUGGUGGAGCAUUCACACCGUACUCGUCAGCUUGGGCUCAGUUUGCUGCUGACCCGACAAAUGCUCAGGCUCUACAGGGCUAUCAACAGGUGAUGGCCAUGAUGCAACAAGCAGGGGGCUUCAUGCCAUUUUCCUAUCCUGGCAUGACGCCAUCAAUUAUGCCACCUCCGGUGUCGACCCUGUCGACAUUUGUCCCUAGGAUGGUCCCUAUACGCCUGGUGAAUUUGACGGGGACCAUGAAUGAAGCAGCGCCCUCAAAUGUUCAUGAAAUCGAUGAGGCGGAGCAGGAGGCGGCCCGCAGGAGGAAGGGUAAGGCUAUAGCCAAACCGAGCAAGACUCGAGAUUCGGCGUUCAAACGCCUGGGGGACAAAGAGGAUGGACCCCGCAAGUCUGCCAAGCUACGUUUUGGUCCUGAGAUGGGCCAGACUAGCGCAAUGGAAAGACUUGGCGGGAGUCGUCACGCCCAAUCUCGUCGUUCUAGGGAAUCUGAGACGAUUCACCAAGACGAGGAGGAAGCAGAAAGCCAGCUCAGGGCGUCAGCAUAUACCAGGCUCUCAUACGAUGAGGAUGACCUGGACAAGAUAGGGAGCGUAGCAAGGAAACUACGUGCCCUGGAGGAAAAGGUGGAGGAGAAGGCGGGAGCGAAAAAGCACACCUUGGCUAAAUCUCCCUUUUCGGCCAGGGUACAUGCGCAGAGGUUGAGGCGGAAGAUUAAGCUGGACGUGGAGAAAUUCACAAGAAAGGAGGAUCUAAACGUCCACCUUGACACAUUCCACAAUGCAGCACAGAUGGCCGGGUGCACUGAUGCUGAGGAAUGCCUACUCUUCUUCUCAUCCUUGAGAGGGAGGCCAGUGAAAUGGUUUAACGGCCUUCCCCAUGGCAGGAUCAGGUCCUUUGAGAAACUUGCCGAAAGGGACGAGGUCGACAAGGUAGAAGAGAUGGACGACAAGACGGCCAUGUCUUUGCUGAUGAAUGCCUUCCGGUCGGGUGACCUCUACACUGAAUUCUGUAGAAGGCCACCCUCCUCUUAUCAAGAAGCCUACAAUACGACAUGGGAAUACGCCGAGGCGGAGGUCUUGAACAAGAGCAAGCGGGAGCUGGAGGAAGGCUAUACAAAGGUGAAAUCCGACAAGCCGAAGAAGGACGACCAGAUUGGAGGGUCCAAGCCAAAGGCCACAUAUGACGGAUCUGUCCAUCAAAUAAGGGAUGAGAAGAAGGGAGAACAACCCAAGAGGCCUUGGACGGAGAAGUGGUGUACCUACCACCAAUCUGACUCCCACAAUACGGUGGAUUGCCGAAAUGUCAAGGCUGUGCUCAAGAAGAUGGCCUUGAAAGGAGAGCUUGGGGAAGGUUACGCGACGGGGAAUAAGAAGGACCCGAAAGCGAACACCUGGACCCGUCCUCAGGGAAAAGACCAGGGAAGGAGAAAAUCCGGUAAGGAUAACAACAAUCCGGAUAAAGAAUUCAUAGAGAUGAUUGUCGGCGGCCCAGAAGGCGGGGAUACUGCCUCCCAACGGAAGAAUUGGGCCAGGAGCUUACACGUAGCGUUGGUUUCCCUGGAAUCACAAGGGAAGCACCCAAGGAUGGAACCUAUCACUUUCACUGAUAGGGAUCUUUCCAAGACGGGGGGAGAUCAUAAUGACCCUUUGGUCAUUACAAUGGAUAUCAAUGGAGCUGAUGUGGCCAGGGUCCUGGUUGACACAGGAAGCAGUGUUAAUGUUUUAUACUUGGAUGCUUUCAACAAAUUGAAGCUUGACAGGUCCAUGUUGAGGCCAUUGCAAACUCCAUUGUCAGGCUUCACUGGAGCUAGCAUAGAAGCGAAAGGUCUGAUAACCUUACUGGUUACCUUGGGGUCAGGUAACAGGACAGUGACCAAACAAAUGAGAUUUGUUGUGGUCGACAUCAAAUGUGUGCAUAAUGCCAUUCUGGGUAGGCCUGGAAUCAACCAGGUCAGGGCUAUUAUUUCCAUGGCACACUUAUGCAUGAAGUUUUACACUCCCAAUGGAAUCGGGGAGGAAAGGGGUGAUCAAAAGAACGCCCGGUCCUGCUACCUGGAAGCAGUCAAAAAGAUGACCCGCCAGUUCGAACAAAUUGAACUGGUCUCCAAGCAGGUAGACAAGGGUGAGGAGAAGGCUAGGAUCGAGCCAGAUGCAAACACGGAAGAGAUCCAUAUUGAUGCCUCCAAUCCUGAAAGGAAGGUCAAAAUUGGGGCUGAUCUUCAGGAAGAGCUAAGGACUGAGAUUGUCCAGGUGUUGACCAGGUAUAAAUCAUUAUUUGCCUGGAGUGUUGCUGAUAUGCCCGGGAUUGACCGGUCAGUCAUUUGCCAUCGUCUCUCUGUUCUUGAGAGGUCUAGGCCUGUAAGACAGAAGAAGAGAUUCUUGGCAAGUGAUAGGAGGGACUUUGUGAAGAAAGAGAUCAAGGACCUACUUGAGCUCACAAACAAUGAGGCGGAGUAUGAGGCAUUGAUAGGGGGUCUGAGACUGGCCAAAACCCUACAAAUCACAUGCCUCAGAAUCAAAUUCGAUUCAAGUUUGGUGGUAGGCCACAUCAAUGGCAACAUGGAGGCCAAGGGAGAGAAGAUGCAAAAGUACAGGCACUUGGCAAAGGCACUAUUGAAGGACUUGGCUGAGUAUGUGAUGGAACAAAUCCCUAGGGGGGAGAACACCGAUGCUAACUUGCUAUCAAAAUUGACGGAAGCAGCCCCGGAACAUGUGUCAAAAUUGGCCAGGAUUGAGAUGCUAGAGAAGGCUAGCAUUGAAGGGCUUUCUGUUAGCCUGAUUGAGGAAGAUGGACAACCCAAUCUAGGCCUGGUGGAACCAGAUGAUAUUUGGAUAGAUGACUUGGUCAAGUAUUACAUGGCUGGGCAAUUCCCUGAGGAUGAGGACAGAGUAAGAAAAGUAAAGUUGAGAGCUCCAAGAUUCCAAAUGCUUGAUGGGAGGCUAUACAAAAGAGCAUUUGGUGGUCCAUUGUUAAGAUACUUGACUAGGGCAGAGGCGGAAAGAGUGAUUGCCGAAGUUCAUGAGGGUGUCUGUGCAGCCCACCAAAUGUCCAGGACACUCGCACAAAGAAUCAUCUUGCUAGGUUACUUCUGGCCUACAAUGAAUCAAUAUUGUGAGAAGUAUGUACAAAGGUGCAAGACUUGCCAAGUGUUCUAUAAGUUUCCAGGAAGGCCUGCAACAUACUACCACCCAGUUUCUAAUGUUAUUCCAUUCGCAAGGCCUCAAUUUCGGAAUCCAGGGUUCACCAAAUACUUGGAGGACUUCGGGAUUACUCACAACAAAGCUUCCGUGGCCUACCCGCAAGGGAAUGGCCAGGUGGAGCAUGCGAACCGCACAAUAGUCGAUGGGAUCAAAAAGCGGUUAAGUGAGGCAGGAACGAAUUGGUUAGAGGAGUUGCCACAUAUCAUCUGGGCUUACCGGGUCACUUCAAGAAGGGCCACAGGGGAGACACCCUUCGUCCUUACAUAUGGGUGUGAGGCCAGACUACCCAUCGAAGCUAAAAUAAUGACCUUUCGGGAGAAGGUCUAUGAAGAGAAAGGGAAUGAGGAAAACCAUUUGGCAGAGCUAAACUUGUUGGAAGAGAGGCGGAUGGUCACUGAGGCUAAAAUGAUGGAAUACCAGCAAGCAGCCAAGGCCUAUCAUGAUAACAAGGUAGGGCCUCGUUAUUUCCAAGUGGGUGAUGAGGUCCUGAGACGAAGGGAGGCCAGCAAACCCGGAGACGGGGGAAAACUUGCAAAGAAAUGGGAAGGCUCAUAUAGGGUCACAACAAUAUUACGCCCUGGGACAUACAAGUUAGAAACAAUGGAAGGUCUAGAGUUGGAAAGGUGCUGGAAUUCCCACCACCUUAGAAAGUUCUACCGAUAGGCCAAAUUGGCAGGGCAUAUAUUUGUAAUACUCCUUCGAUGAUAAAUAAGAACUUUCUUCGAUACUUGUGUUGCUGGGUCAGUAAUACUAAAAUAAUAUGUCUUAAUGUAAGAGGCAAGGUAAAAAAAAAGAGAGAUAAACCCU